AUGAAAGAAAAUAAGCUUGGCGGAGACAAACCGAUUCAACUGGCUUCCUGGUCGGAAAAAAUGGUGUCUUCGGAAAACAGUGGCAGUGAUGUACAGGUCGUUAUUCAGAAAGCUUCGAAGCUAAUCCAACACUUGAAUAAUAUCGGGUUGAUGAGUCCAAGAGAAGACGAGCAUUCACAGUCUGCGUCUUCGCAAGAGACACUAAGUAUUGAUAAUGAGCCUCGUGAACAAGACGAUUCGGGUCUUCUUCAAGCAAACAAAAAUGGCUUAAAAAAAGGAGUCGACGUACAUUCUGGAUUAGAGGAUUCCACGUAUGUUGAGGAAAACAUGUUGAACGUUUUACAGUCAUUAGUUUCGCACAUAAAUCAAGCUAUCAACCAAAUACAACAAUUAAAGUUCAAAAAUAUGAUUCUUGCUUCGAAUGAGAAUAACCUGCAAUCAAGGCAUGAAGUGGAAGAUAAUCUUCAGAAACAACAAUUUGAAAGAAUGAAGUGCCAAUUCCUAUUAGAACAUAAAAGCCUGAAAGAUCAAUUACGAAAGCGAGACAAUAAAAUUGUCAAAUACAAACAGAAAAUCAUUGAGAAAAACAAGAAGCUAAACAACCUAGCUAAGGUCCUCAAUCAACAUGCUAUAUCAGACACAUCGCAAAUAGAUAGUUUUAGUAGCUCGAUAAAGAAAACGCCCUCAGUCACAACCACGCCACAAGAAAUGAAACCGGAUAUGUUAAACACUUUAGGAAUAUUGGCCACACAUGUCUUGAAAGACGAAAUCGAUGAUGAUUCUGGAAAUCAAACGAUUUUACAACUAGCAGCAGGAAGUAUAAGUAAUGAUUGUAACACUACGGAAUUGGAAAUUACGUGCAGCCCUGAGGCGAGGAAAACUAUCGUACACAAUCGGCCAAGUAUUAAAGUUGGGCUGGUUCAGGAUUCUCAUGAAAAUAAGACUCUUCGAUUGCCUAAGAUGAAAAGUUUCAGUACCAUUGAUGGUACUAUAAAGGAUAUUAACUGA